AUGACAAAGCGAAAGCGGGUUUGGGCCGAUGAAGCGCCGGACGCCAUGCCGGAUGCGAAUUCUUCCUCUGUCGAACUCCCUGAUGCCAAAGACCCGGGGGUAUUAGAUGUUUUACCGGGGAUUACCCGCAAGAUUACAGCAUGUGGAGCUUGUAGGAAGCAGAAGAUCAAAUGUGACAUGACCAAUGGGCCACCCUGUACUCGAUGUCGUCGACGAGAUUUGUCAUGUGUUUUGAACAAGAGCCUACAAUCAUUGGUAGAAGAGGUGAAAAACACAGAGCACCUCCAGACUGAUAUCUGCGGUAUUCACGAAGUUCUGGGUAGCAUCUGUCAACAACUAAACUUACCCCUGCCGAAACCGCUUAUCUCAACUGGUGAUGCACUGCAGAAUGAAAGCAAAAUUGACCUGAAUGAUGAACUGGAGGGUGAUGGGGAAGAUCUUGACGGCUGCGAAAUAUCUCCCCCUGAUACGCCCUCUGGUGUUCAAGCACCCAUCGACACAUACUUGGACAUAGCCAAACUUGGAAGUCCUGGGUCAUCUACCAACACUCCACCAAGUGUGACACGCCAGAGGCAGCAUAUCCCGCAAGACCUUGUCACCAAAGGUAUCAUAAGUUUGAGCGUAGCGGAGACGCUCGUCGAGCGAUACUACACUCGAUUGGACCCCUAUCUGUAUGGAAUAUGCAGUGGAUACCACAAUCUUCAACAGAUGAGAACCACCUCGCCGUUAUUAUUUGCAGCAGUCUGUACAGUGUCAGCAUUGCAAGAUUCACAAGCCCAAUCGCUGUAUGAAACAUGUAAUCGCGAGUUCCGACGCCUUAUGUCGCGGUCGCUUUUUGAGAAACACGACCUUGAACAUGUUCGGGCAUUAUGCAUCAGCUCGUUUUGGCUCUCGGAUGCCUCGAGAAUUUUUUCUAGUGAUGCUAUUCGCCGCGCGGCGGAUAUGCGACUACAUCGUAGUUUCAACCAUCUCGAAAAUCCAGCAGCCUUCCGACCAACGCCUAGCCAUAAACCCAAUUCACCGAUACCCAUUCAUAACGAUACCAACGCAGUCAAAGAUCGUGUCAGACUGUGGUACUUGAUUUUCAUAUCCGACCAACACCUUUCGAUCCUCCACAAUCGGGACCCUCUUCUACGCAGCGAUAAGGAGAUUGCAUUGAGCUGGGAAACCUUUUUGGCUCGCGAAGAUACCACCGACUCCGAUAUACGACUCAUCUCACAGGUCGCUCUUCUCGUUAUCAUGAGCCAAGUCCGGGACUUACUAGGCUCAGACCAUGAGUCACGCGUACCACAAUCUUUGUCUAAUCAGAUCAUCCAUUACUCACGCCAACUGGAUCGCUGGUUCAACAAAUUUGUUGCCAUUUUCAAGCCCGAUCCCUAUAUCGGGGAUUUCCCCAAAAGAGGUCUACAGCUACAUUAUCAUUUUGGAAAGCUCUAUCUCGGGCAUCAGGUCUUCAAGGGUCUCAACGGGGAGGUGAUUCCUCCACAUUUUUUGACUGCGGCCAGCAUGGCCCACGAAGCAGCCGUUGCAAUCUUCGAAAUGAUUCUUCAUGAAGAAAACAUUCAAAAAAGCCUCGUUGGAAUGCCACAUUAUUUCCACAUUAUGAUUGCUUUUGCGGGUCACUUUUUGUUGGAGGUUACAAAGAACUACCACAGACAACUUUCCAUAUCACCUACUCAGGACUUUGAAUUGAUUCGCAAAGUACUAGGAUUGUUCCAGAAUACGCCCAGUGUACAGCAACAUCCCAUAUGUCGAAUGACUCCUGGUCUUACGCGGAAGCUGCAUGAAUGUGUUGCUUCGUUACAGAGGAACGGAGAAGAAAUAUUUCCUGCUCUUGCAUUGUCGACUGAUACGAUGGGGUACCAACAGAGUCUUGGCAGCCAGGUACAUUCAGCUCCAGGUUCAUUUCCGUUUUCUGGAGAAUCCCUCGUAACCCCUGUAGAGGACUUUUUGUUGGCAGACUUUGGAGAAUUCACGUUCCCGGGGAUGAUGUCCCAUGAGAUAUAA